AUGGAAGUGUCGGCUUUCACAUUUUCAUCUGGGCUUGGGCAAGAAAUGGAGGGCCCGGCUGAGUCUCCGAUGUCGGAUUUCAUUCACAUGAAGUCUAUGUCUUCCAGCUCAAGCGAACUGCACCGGGAGCUAUGUGCACUGCGGAUCCUCAAGAAAUCUCCUUGGGCGACGAAUUUGAGUUCCGCCAUUCUGAAUGGGGCAAAAGGGGGAGGUGGGGGCAGUGGGAUCAGCGGCGAUGGAGGGGCAAUGAUCACGUUCUCGUGGCACUGUGGCCUCGAUUUUGUGGGUUUUGGUGGCUUGCCGGUGUGGAGAUGGCGGAGCCGGGGAGGAGUUGUUGGGGGAGGAGGUGGUGCAGGGGAAUUGAGUAUUGAUGAAGGCGGCGGUGGAGGUGGCGAGGGCGGUGGAGGUGGCAGGGGCGGCGGAGCUGUGGUGGACUGUUGGAAUCGCUUGCUUUCGCUGCUUGUUUUUUAA